GUGGAGAGGAAGGCGGAGAGGUUUGUCCUCUGGUUCCGUGUGGACGCCUCAGCGCUCUGUUGACUCAUCUGUGCGCGUCCAAAAGUCAUGGACGAACAAACACAGGAUCUGAUCGGUCAGUCUGUCAAAUCGGCGUCGCUGUGACAAACAAUAAACCACCGGAGGAGCUGUGGAAUAAACUCACCAGGAGAGGAGAGGAGAGGAAGAGAGAGAGGAGAACACUACUGACAGGUUGAGUGUGUGAUGUCAUGUGAUGAAGUAUUCAGGGUUUGGAGCAGAGUGACCUCCACGCUGACCCCCUACAGCCCCUCUGAUCUGGUGUCAAAAUGGCCUCACAACGGGGAGACAUUCCAGCCAUCGAGUCUGACACGUCAAGCGGACUCUUUGGAAUGGGAAUAACUCGUCGCAAUGUCAACUAUGACGACCUCAUGGAUACCGCCAUGCAUUCGCCGCCCCCAGACUUCACCAUCAACAUGCUAUGGAAAAACCCCCUCAUCCCACAGCACAAGUUCAGGAACACUGCAGAGGAAGGCGAGAGUGGUGGGAAGUCGCUGACUUUUGAGGCAGCGCCAGUCAAGUCCCAGGUGCCAGUUGUGAAAGCCAAAGCCACCUCUUUAAUGAGCUCAUUUAUGACCAAGCAGACCCAGGAGAACCUCCAGCAGUUUGAGCACCAGGCUGGGCUCGCCGACGCCAGGUAUUCUCCCCACAAGGGGCUCUCUACUGAGGAGUGCCGCUUUCAGCGACUGGGUGACUGCACAGUGCCAAAGUUGAGAAUGCCAACCGGGGACUUCAAGGAGGACAGGUGUACAUCAUCAGCACAAUCCACCCCAAGUGUCACCCCUUCUGUCACCCCCUCCGUCACCCCCAGCGUCACCCCCUGUGUUACUCCCCACGGAUCACCGGCUCUUAGUCGCAGGAGCUGGUUCCAGCUGAGUCCUGCGCAUUUUCUUGCUACCCCAGAGCUCAAUAGUCCAAACCCCAGCACAAGCAUGGGAGGAAAUGAGGGAGGAGGCGGAGGAGGAGGAGGAGGAACAGAGAAGUGGAGCUUCUUUGGAAGUCGACCGGUGGUACAGAAGUCCCCCACUGACCCAGGCUGUGAAAGCAGCACAGGCUUCUCACUGCAGUCCUACUUUGGCAUGCAGAAGUCCUCUACCAUGGAUAGCACCAACACCCAGGUCAACUUCAAGGUGGACGACCCUGCCAAUUUCAUGCCCCCCAAGAUUGAAUUGUCGGGCAUUGAAGCCAAGCGGGCGCCCACACGGCCGCACAAACUCAAACCUCGGGACAUGAAUGUUUUAACACCUUCGGGCUUCUGAAGCCGGACCGGCUGUGUUGUAACACCUCUGCACCACAUCUGUUGUUUUUCUUUCCUCCGUCUGUUUGCUUAUUUGCUUUCUUGUCUUCCUCUGUUCCCUCCCUGCAAAUCCACCGAGGCUGAGAGGAAGGAGGACCACCUAUAGUAUUAGCUCAGCAGCCCCAGAGACAUCACCGCACUGUUACUCCUCCCCCAGCGGACCUACUCUGAUGGAUCGCUAUCUCCUGUUAUUCCACAUUAUCCCCUUCCUCUCUCUUCCAGCUCAUUGGUCCAAAUAAAACACCACAUGAAAUAUCUUUAUAUGUCAUCCCUAAAGAUAGUAUUGCUUUGUAUUAUUAUUAUUGUUCUGUCCUUGUUCUGACAUGCAUCGCCUCGCCGUCCUCGUCACAUCGUCCAUAACGGCCUGAGAUUGAAGUUGUUGAAAUGUCUCGUCAUUGCCUCUCAUGAAACUGACCAGCUAUUUCAAUUCAUAAUGCUCAGUUGCCUCAUUUGUCUUUUAUUAUGUCAUUUUGAAUAAGAAGAAGUGUAGCUGUGUAGAGCUUUCCUCUGUUAGCAUGCAGAGUUUAGAGUGUGGAUGAAUGAUAUUGUGCCUAAACUUUCAGCAUGUUUGCUUUUGGCAUUUUCGCCAUCUAAAUACAGCUUUUGUUUUUUUAUUAUUAUUAUUAGGAAGAGCAUCUUAUUUUACCUUGUGAGAGAGUAUGACUGAUGACCUGAAGUGAUUUCAACUUAAGUAUUUUCACAUUGUUCUGCUUUAAAUCAACAUUACUCAUUCUGAAUAGUAGUGUGUUGGGGUGCGUCACAUUUUUAUAUUGCAUCACAAUAAUGCUGUAAAAAUGCAAAAGCGUUGAAGUGGUCAUUUGAGUUUUCUGUGUCGUAAUACAAGACUUACUGCUGUUUUUAUUUGAAGAAGUUGAUGAAUUCCAGUAAGUAAUUGCACAAGGGAGAUGAAUUCCCACUUACAUCUGUAAAUAAAUCUGAUAUUAACAAGCAAAA